AUGGACGACGAAGGAGAGAAGCGCAAAGAUGUCAAGAGAGAGGCGCUGUCACCGCGUGAUCACGAGCUGCCACCAGAGGGCGCUAGUCGCAAAGUGGAGGUCAAGGAGGCAGAUUCAGCUUCCGCCGAAGAGGAGAUGUCAACGGAGUUACGGGUGAUGUCCACGGCGUCGUCCUUGCCCGGGACGACGUGUGCUGCUUCGAAGGCAUCCUCGUCCUUGACAUCCACGUCAGUGUCGUCGGCGUCGGCAGGCAGCAUUCUGCACGUGCAAGUGCCAGGAGCCAAUGGCGAGGCUGGCAGCACGACUAGUCCGCAGCUUUCCACCAAAAGUGUCGCCAGUUCCUCCACUGACUCUGGCCUUUGUUCUCCCGACAGUCUGCACAGCUCCGGAAGUCCUGAGACUUCCGUCAACGCUGCAGGUGCUGCCAACAGCGCUUCUUUCGUGCCGGCGGGAGGCAACUCGCCUAAGGAUGCUUCUCUGGGCACUUUCCAGCAGCCUAGGAAAAGAGGGAACUCGGCUUCCACUCUCGUCCACAACAGAGGGAUUUCCCCGAGUCCUGGAGCAACGGUUCAGCACAUCUUUCACGGUCAAGGUCACGGUAGAAGAGUUGCGCCCCUUCCUCCAGCGGUUGUCUCCCCUUUCGAGACCCCAUCUUCGUCGCUGCAGACGCAAUGCGGCAUUAGUUAUGGGGACACAACUGCUCACGAUACACACCACGAAUGCAGUGCCCACAGCCUGGCGGACACGUUCCAGGCGGACUCCGUGCAUGUCGAUGACAUCAGGGUCGGCACAACACGAGUACAGCCAGCAACAACAUCAGCAGCAGCAUCAGCAGCAUGUAUAUUCACACCAGAAUCCUUACUAUCUUCAGCAACAACAGCAGCAACAGCAGCAACCGUCACACCAUCAUCAUAA